CUCCCGUUCGCCGAGCGCCCCUCGCAGCCAGAGUCAGUGCACGGGGAUCGGGGGACGCGAUGUGCGCUCUGUGUACGGCUCCGCAGCGACUUCUCCUCCCGAGCAGCGGCGGCACCGUGCACCGGUGAGAUCACUCCCCUCCCACUCCCCUCCUUUCCACCCACAGCCACCACACAUGUCCCCACCGCUCCCCUCCACCAAUGUGGACUCCUCCGCUUCUCCUUUGUAAUCGGCACAGCAGGGAAUCAUGGCGAGCCGCCGGACUGCUCCACCUGAGGGGGACGGCAAGAGGAAGAGGCAGCCGCCCAGCAGCCCGCCUGACGAGGUGUCCAAAAACAAAGAUGGGUGCGAUCAGAGCGAGAUGGUAUCGCCGACGGAAGAGGAAAUAUUCUCCUGGCCCGGCCCAAAGAACGUUAUUCUGAGGAGGACAUCCGAGGGGUUUGGAUUUACUUUAAGGCACUUCAUUGUUUACCCGCCGGAGUCUGCAGUCCAGACAAAUUAUAAGGAUGAAGAGAAUGGGAAUCGUGGAGGAAGGCAAAGAAACCGACUGGAGCCAAUGGACACCAUUUUUGUUAAGCAAGUUAAGGAAGGCGGCCCGGCACACUUAGCAGGGCUGUGUACAGGGGACAGAAUCAUAAAGGUGGAUGGGGAAAGCAUCAUUGGGAAGACCUAUUCUCAAGUCAUUGCACUAAUACAGAACAGCGAUUCCACGUUAGAACUGAGUGUGAUGCCAAAAGACGAGGACAUCCUACAGCUGCUGCAGUUUCCAAAGGAUGUCACAGCUCUGGCUUACUCCCAAGAUGCUUACCGAAGAGGAAAUGAAGCCUUUAGUGGUAAAGCAAAUAAUAUUCCAGAACCCCCACCUAUAUGCUACCCCCGAAGAAAAUCUGUAGCUUCAGUGAUGGCACAACCGGCUGAGAUUCCACCUCCAGGCACAUCACUGACUAAUCAGCAACCCGUGCAGCCGGACAAAAACCACCACGUAGAAAUCCAAGUGCCUCCAUCACCAUCGGACAUUGUGAAGUCCAAUACUGCUGUAUGUGUCAUCAAUGAAUCUGUGAGAACAGUUAUUGUGCCUUCUGGGAAAGUUGUAGAUCUGUCAUCGGCUACAACAAAUUGUACCGGUCCUUUACACAGGACUGAGCCAUGCUUGAGGACCACAACAACGCCUUCUGCUGGACUUCCAUUGAUGCCAGUGGAAGUCCGGCAAAUGGACAAUGCUGGAUUGAUUGGCAAACCUCUAAGUUAUGGUGGGCAUACUGAUGCCAUGGAUAGUCCUAGGUCAAAUGUGCAUAGAGAAGAUUCUCCAUCUCCAAACCUCUCAUCAACUAAUGGCUCUGGACUUUUGCACAGAGCUGAGAAAUGCACAUUUAUAACAACGCCAAGAACCGCAGGGUCACCUUCUGCUGCUGCUUCUUCAAUGCCAAUGGACUCCAGGCAAAUAGAUAGUCCUGGUGUAAUUGGCAAACCUCCAAUGUACGGAGGGCAGUCCGACAGUAUGGAUGGUCAUAGUGUGCUUGGUCACGGUGAAUCACCAUCUCCUAAUCAUUAUGCUUCUCCCUCUUCUCACCAGCAAAUAGACUGGAGGAAUUACAAAACAUAUAAAGAGUACAUUGACAAUAGACGUAUGCAUAUGUACGGCUCCCGAACAAUACAGGAGAGGUUGGACAGCCUUCGAGCAGCCUCUCAAAACCAAACGGACUAUAAUCAAGCUUUGCCAAACCACGCUUCUAUUCAAGUUCGACGUCGAAGUACUUCUCACGACAGGGUUUCACACCCUGCCCAGAUGAGGCAGCGGAGUAUUUCCCAGGAACGGCUAGAGGAUCCAGCACUAGUGAAGGAUUGGCCUCGCAGUGCUUCCCAAGAUGCAAUACUAUUACCAGCAAUGCUUCCCCGAAGCCCCAAAUCUAAGUCAUGGGAUUUUAUAGCCAGGAAAGGGGGCAGAUUAGACCUCUAUAAUGCUGACCUUCCUGAGUAUAAUGGUGAAAGAAAGCACAAUUAUAAAUGGACUGGAUUUACUGAACAAGAUGAUAGACGGGGCAUUUAUGAACGAUCUAGGCAACAUUCCUUUCACACGUCUCCCCGUUCUCCAAACUUCCAAAUGGGACCUGUUGCUUAUAGCCCAGAUACUAGACGAGUAAGUGGCCGAGUUUUACCUUCAGCACAUCCCUUGCAAAAACCUCCCAGUGACUUCAAAAGCACCCCUGUUUCGCGGGACGUUCACAGUUCCUCUUUUCGAUCCCCCCAUCCUCGACAGAUCCCGUCUGAAAGAUUUCCAAUUCCUAAAUCUAAUCCUGUGAGAAGCUCCUCUAAUUACGGACCUAAACCCUAUCAUAGCAAAAAGGUGGAUGAUGGAAUCGUUAAAGACCAAAAAGUGGUAAACCACAUUAAUAAAAGUGGCGUAUUAACCCUGCAGACCGUGUCCCCAGCAGACAGUUUUUCUAGUUCCCAUAUAGAUUCCAUCAUCAAAUCUCCAAUUACCUCCUCUACUCCGAUUCCCACAAAGCCUGUGAAACAGGUGACUGCUGGCUCAGCUACCUCUGAUAAAGUGGAUGUUCAAAAUGGACAAAACUCCAAAGCUCAAGACCACGAUUUGAUCAUGGAAUUUAAUUCCGUCGAUCCAGUGGUUUUAAGGGACAAAUCCCCAACUGGGCGUCAGACCCCGCAGCCUAUAAGACAACAAUCUUACAUCUUUGCCGUGAUUGACCAAGAACCUGUAACGGACACAACCUGCUGGUUACCCAAUGAUGCCAGACGCGAAGUUCACAUCAAAAGAAUAGAACAGAAGAAAGCUUCUACUUCCAGUUCACCUGGGGAUUCGUUAGCCUCCAUCCCCUUUAUAGAUGAGCCCACCAGCCCCAGCAUUGACCAUGAGAUUGACAACAUUCCUGCCUCAGCUGUAAUCUCCAUAUCUGUGCAGCCUCCUCCCAUCAUAACCACCGUUCCUCCCAGCCCCACCUCCCCGGUGCCGGUGUUAUGUCGUCAUCUCUCUCAUGAGACUGAGUCGGCAAGACCUAAUGCUCUAGAAGUGCAUGCUGGCUCCAAGACAGAAAGAUCUAAAUCGUGUGACGAGGGUCUGGAUGACUAUAAAGAGGAAGGGAGAAUACGAAAUCUGAAGCAUGUCUCCAGCCUGAAAGGCAUCAAGGCACCAGAGAGCGCGCAAUCUUCUGAAGACUCCGAGUCCAGGAAAGGCUCUUCCUCCGAUGUGUUCAGCGAUUCAAACAAAGAAGGUUACUUGUUUUUCCGACAGCUUAUCACUGAUAAAGGAAAGCGAAUCAUGAAGCCCUGGAAACAGAUGUAUGUCAUAUUACGGAACAACUCCUUAUAUUUGCACAAAGACAAAAAGAAUCAGGCCGGACUUUGGGCCUCCCAGUCAGAAGAGGAGCACGCCAUCAACCUUUGUGGAUGUUUAGCGGAUAUAUCGUACAGUGAAACUAAGCGCAAGAAUGUAUUUCGCAUCAUAACUGUGGAUCACGAGUACCUCUUCCAGGCUGAAGACAGAGAUGAUAUGUUGGCUUGGAUUAAUGCCAUACGCGAGAACUGCAGCGUGGAUAUUGAGCAAACAGACAAAGCAAAUGAGAAUAUUUUAAACAGAAUUGGCGGCUACAAUACAUCGAAAUCAACCAACAACAAACCAGAACCAUCACCCAAGCCCACCCGGCAGCCUCUGAGUUUCCAGACUAUCCUAGGCACAAAGUCAGAUUCCAGGCUGCAGAGUCCUCACUCCCCCAAGCAGGACUCGGAGCGCAAACUGCUCACUAAAGAUGAGACCAGCCCACCUAAAGACAAAGGUACAUGGAGAAAAGGCUUUAAUAACAUGAUGAGAAAGACUUUUGAGAAGAAACCUUCAAGCGGUGGCACCUUCGGCGUUCGACUGGAUGACUGUCCCCCAGCACAAUCUAAUAGAUUUAUCCCAUGGAUAGUGGACACCUGCUGCCGGCUGGUCGAGGAGAGAGGCCUGGAGAACACUGGCAUAUACAGAGUCCCUGGAAAUAAUGCAGCUAUUGCAAGCAUGCAGGAAGAGCUUAACAAAGGAAUGACCGAUAUUGAUCUGCUGGAUGAUAAAUGGAGAGACUUGAAUGUAAUCAGCAGUCUCCUGAAGUCAUUUUUCCGAAAGCUGCCAGAACCCCUAUUCACCAAUGACAAAUACAAUGACUUCAUUGAAGCAAACCGCAAAGAAGACCCCAAUGAGAGACUUAAAACUCUAAGAAAUCUGAUCCGUGAGUUGCCAGCUCAUCAUUACCAAACCCUCAAAUUCCUUUGUACCCACUUGAAAACUGUGGCAGAAAAUUCAGAAAAGAACAAGAUGGAGCCCAAAAACCUGGCCAUUGUAUUUGGCCCAACCCUGGUCAGAGCAUCAGAAGAUAAUAUGACACACAUGGUCACCCACAUGCCCGACCAAUAUAAGAUCGUGGAGACCCUCAUUCUGCGUCAUGACUGGUUUUUCGGGGAGGAGAGUGGAGACGAGCCAAUUACAUCAGCCCAGGAGGAGGGCACAAUAGACAGCCAGCCAUUGCCCAAUAUUGACCAUUUACUCCCGAACAUCGGACGGACUGGGCUGUCCCCUGGCGAGAUAUCAGAUUCCGCUACUAGUGACUCGGCAAAAUCUAAGGGUUCUUGGGGAUCCGGAAAAGAUCAGUAUAGUCGGGAGCUGCUAGUGUCCUCCAUCUUUGCUGCUGCCAGUCGAAAACGCAGGAAACAGAAAGACAAGCCCCAUCCCAGUAGUUCAGAGGAUGAGGUGGAUAGCGUUUUUUACAAAAAGGAUCUCUCCCCCAUGGAAAUUUGGAAUCCUGAGAGCAGAAAAGGUGAAACUAAUAAAGAGGGCAACAUCCUUCGAAAACCUAAAGCACUGACACUAAAAGACAUAGACACAAGUCUGUACACAGAAGAUAAACUAAGAAAAGACAGUACGCCUUCUGAUGAGAUCACUCCUUGUCCUCCGAAACCCUCCAAAUCUCCAAACUUAAUGCAAAGACUGGCUGUACCAUCCGAUGACAUAAAGAUGUUCCCUUCCCAGGAAAGCAUCUCCGAUUCAGGAACUGUUCUUAGCACUUCAUCCCAGGCCUCCAUGCACAAACCAAAACCUAAUGUUUUUAUCACCCCUGAGAUAAAAGGCAACGACUUCUUGUCUGCAGAGGUAAGCUCUGUUACCUCCGACUACUCCACCACCUCGUCUGCCUUCUACACUGCUGGCCUGGAGCCCAAUUUGAUAAGCCCCGAGGUCCAGUCUGUGGCAGAGAGCAAAGGCGAGGAUGCAGAUGAUGAAAGAAGCGAAUUGAUCAGCGAAGGCCGGCCCAUGGAAACAGACACCGAAAGCGACUGUCCGAGCAAUGCUUAUGAUAGGCAGAGCCAAGGCAAAGUUAAAGAACUGUCUAGAGGUAGCCGAAGGAACUCUGAAGGAAGUGCCAGCUGUACAGAGGGCAGCUCUACCCCGCGAAUGGACAGUCGGCGGUUUAGCUCUCAUAAACUUAUAGAAUGUGACACUUUAUCAAGGAAAAAGUCUCUGCGACAAAACACAGAUAGUGAAUGUUCAACUGAUGGCAAGAAUGUGGACACCUCGGCAGUAUCUCCUGUAGCAGAGGUGGCCGGAACUGGAGUGCCAUCUGGCAAUUUGGACUUAGUAAAAAGUGACUUGGGCUUAGCGUUAAAAAGUGAGCCGGAAAAGCCGGAGCCCGCUUGGAAGCUUAAGAUAACAGAUAGGCUUAAACUGCGUUUGAAAACCUCAGCAGAUGACAUGUUUGGACUGGAUAGCCAAAAAGCACACGCCGCCGAGAACCGGAAGAAGAAAAACAUUCGGCGGAGGCACACGCUAGGGGGACAGAGGGACUUUUGCGAAUUAAGUGUUUUAAAUGCAUUAAAAAUUUACGAACCCCAUCAGGGAGGUAACGAGUCAGAACUUUCCGCCAUGGAUCGAUUGAAGCCAAAGUGUACAUCCCAAGACCACUCGAUCUCAGCGUGGCUCAAAAGAGAACGCUUACGCACUAGCACAACGGAACUCAACGCCACUAGCCCCGCUGAACCGCUUUUAGAAAGCACUAAGUUGACGGAACCGACGUCGACAGCUCCUCAUUUGUCAUCUUCACCCCUCGUCGGCUCCACCGACACCAGCGUCGUAACGGAAAGUCAAUCCGAACUCAUGUCCCAUUCGUCAGCUGAUCAGCUCAAUGGGGAGAACUUGCAGAACAAAGCUAAGAGCAACUUUAGUUCUGCUGUAGAUGCUCAUCCGCACAAGCUGUCCGGUACUCAGGUGGUCCGAUCCCGGUUCUACCAGUACCUAUAAAUAAAUUCCACAUUUCAUUACACUCACAAAGAAAAAAAA